AUGCUGGGAUUAUUACUGGCCGUUCUCUUCCUCGUAAAGGUUCGUUUUUCAGUUGUACGCGCUUUUUCUAUAGUUUAUUUAUACCAAUCAAGAAUUUUUGAAAUGUAGACUUGAAAUUAUUUUACUCUGAUUUCCCUGAACAUGGCUAUUCACUCUCAAACCUUACUAAAUUUAAAAUUCAUCAAACAACGAGGACUUUUAAAUUUUCAUCAAAUUCGUACUAUAUACUUUACGUCUCCUUUUCCAAAAAACUUGUACUCAAGAUUAAUCGAAACUCAGACAAUUGCGAAAUACUCGCUUCGUUGCCCGGCAACCCGAUCUCUAAAUGCUAUUUUUUAUCUCUUUCGCCUUUGUUUCUCUUCUGUUCCAAAAACAUUACACUUAGAAUGUUCUAAAAACUUUUUCUAGAACAUCCGUUAAAUCUUGAUAUAACCUUUUCAUGCUGUUGUAAAUAUGCCUCAACUGGAACCAAAAUCAAUUUAAACCUCCUUAUCACUUAAACUUCCUUAUUGAGCGAAUCGAUAAGAACACACUAUAAAAUUCUAAGAUUUCAUAAUUUCGAAACAAGGAGUUUUAUGCUAGGAAUCGCGAAAAACUGAUUUAGGCUAGAUAAAAAUUGAUUAUUUUGAAGGCCAACUAGAGAAAAAUUUUUAAUCAAAGAAAAAAGGUAAGAAAAAAUUUUGCACACUCUAAAUAAAAAGUAAAAAAUAUAAACAUUUCGGAUCUAGAGAACAGAAAAAAAUGUUAUUAAAAAAACUUAAAGACGCAAAAAUUAACUCACGGCGGCCAGUUUUUGAGCCAACUGGACUCAAAUUCCAAAAAUCACGUGGCCCACAAAUUUUCGCGGCUUGCAGAGUUUUAAUGUCCUCUUUGAAGGUCGUAAAAAGCAGCAAACGCGAUUUCGCUCAAAGAACUCGAAAUGCAAAACCGCGCGAGUUUGUUUUUCCAGCGCCAAGCCACCGGAAAUUCAAACUUUCCCACAUGGCUCGGGUCGUUUUUCUUUCUUUUUUCUUGCUUUUUGUUUUGAAAGCUUCUUGAAAAAUAAUUAGACGUUCAUUUCUUACAGAAAAAAAGGAAAGUUAGGUUUAACAAAGCCACUCAUAUGUUGACUUAACUUGAAGUUGGCCAAUCGUUUUGUGCCGUGUUUCUCUUUUUCGGCUUGUGUAAACAUUUUAGCUCGUUGAUUUAUUGCCUUUUUCUCACCCUUUUAAACAUUUUCCGAUUAAUCAAAAGAAAUAAAAGGUUUCAAAAAAAAUUUUGAAGCGUGAAAUGUCGAGGAAAAAUUCCGAUUCGUGCUUUAAUGUUCAAAAGGGCAAAAACCUGAUACGGAGCCAAAUAAAUAUUACAUUAAUGCAUUGCUUUGUCAUUACGGUUCAUUUUUGUCAAAAUUUACUCCUUCAUGGUUUUUUUGAAAUCAAUUAAAAAAAAAACUAAAAUCUAACAAACUUAUGUGGUAUAACUAAAAGAGGCCUUUAUACUGUUUUCAAAGUAACGCCGCGAAAAUGGAAACAGCCGUCAGAGAGACUUUAAAAACGAAUAAAAUCAAUAAGUUAAAGGAAAAAAUGAUGGUAGGACGAAAAAUUUGAUCCGCAAAAAUACGUCGCGUGAAAAUUGCGACCACAUAACUUAUGAGCCACGAAAAUUUUAAGCCUUUAAAAUUUUGUCCAUUUAAAUUAGAAAUUACUUGCAUAUAAGGCUUUCAAUUUCUGUAUUUUCUGUUUUUCUUUGUUCUGGUCUUCUUCAAACUUCUGCUCUAGUACUGAUUCUCAUUUCUGCGUUGAGUUAUCCCGGCGAUCCUAAGAUUUGAUGACGUUUUUGAAACCUAAUUUCGAGUUUUAACUCUUUUUUUCUUCUGUUUUCCCAAUUAAUUUGUGCCAUAAAUCAUUAAAGUUCAAAAUCUGUCAACUAAAUACGUUUUCCAUGUUUAUAACAAAAAAAUGACAGACUUCUUAUUGAUGAUAAUGAUUGAAAUUUCUAGAAACCUACCGAAAACAGUGGCUCUAGCUCUGGAAUUAAUCAAUAUCAAGAAUAAAGGGAAAAAAAUUGAAAAAAAAAGGAAAAGAAAGAAAUUCAAAAAGUCAUCAUCUGAGCUUUAAAAUUUCACGAAAAAAUUUUGAAGGCUUAAAAUUUUCGUGGCUCAUAGGUUAUGUGGUCGCAAUUUUCACGCGACGUAUUUUUGCGGAUCAAAUUUUUCGUCCUACCAUCGAAAAAAUAAAUAAAAAUCAACUUGUGCGUAAAUUAAAAUGUUUUGUGAGGUUUGCAAACUUGCGUACAAAACUUCGUGCUCACGAGCAAAAUUAAAUUUUAUUAAAAUUUUUUUUUGUUUUUUUUUUUUAGAAUUACAAGUCCAACUUUACAGAUGAGUUCAACAGCAACGCCGAGUGAGCGUGUACUGGAGCAGUUGAAACUUCUUGCCGGCGACUACAUCGAAACAGCUCAGUUGAAGCAGAUUAUCGAUGAUUUUUCCACGGUUUCAAUGUUUGGAAUGUCUAAUUAUUUGAAUCGGUUCAGGACUUCAACGAGGACGACGAGCAAACUUUCGAGCAAUAUAUUAUUAAACCACUAAAAAACUUGAGCAUCGCAUUUGUGGUCGUCGAUUUUCAGAACGAUUUCGUUUCCGGUUCUUUGAGUGUUAAAGUUGGUUUUCAAUUCAAAUUUUGAAAAAUAAAAAUCUUUCAAGGAAGGAGAUGCAAAAGAAGACCCUGACAAAGCGCUUGCACCCCUGAACCGUCUUCUUAAGGAAAGUGACUGGGAAAUGAUCGUUUACACGCAGGUAAAUCAAGGAAUAUUAAUAAGAUCUAAAGUGAUUACCUUGAGGACUGGCAUCCGUCCAACCACAUUUCCUUCUGCGAACAUGCCCACGACACCGACCGAAUUCUCUGUCCAGAGGAUCGGAACAAAACUUUCGAGCCUUUCGAGAAGGUCUGCUUCGAGAAGCCUGCAACACAACAAGUUUGAAAACAAUUUUUUUUCACAAAAUUUAUUGAAAAAUUCAGGUUUUAUAUCCUACGCAUUGUGUUCAAGGCUCUUGGGGUGCUGAGAUUCAUCCGGAAGUUCAUGUAGGUUUUCAAAAAGGAAAAAUAUAGAAAUAAAAAGUUUUGCGCUUCACUGAAAGUUGUUGAUUUUUGGUAGUUUUUUUCAAGCUAUCGAAGUUCCUUUUUUAACUUGGGCUCGCCUUUUUCCUCAUUAAUUUAAGAUGUCGUGCGGAUUUCACUCCCUCGAAAUAUAAAGAAAAGAAAUAUGACGAUAAAUACAAAAGUAAAAACACAAGGAAAGGAGCGAAAUGAAGAAAUUCCCGAAAAAAAUGGCCUUUUUAUCCGGAAAGAAAGAGUGGAUGGAAAGGUUUCUAAAAGCUUCUAGAACGUUUCGUAUCAAAGGCCGCGACAGUUUUUUUUUUUAUUUCAUUCGAUUUUCUUCCCAUGAAUCAUAAUGUUUAGUCAAAAAAAGAUUUGAUAAUAAUGAAAUUGAAAAUUUGAGAACAUAACUAGUGAGCAGGUUUCUCCAAUGCUUCUUUCCUUCAGCUAAUACUAAAGAAUACAGUUCAACGGAAGACUUGAUCAAAAAUUGGGUGGUGAAAAAUAUGAAUAAAAUGAAACAGAAGGAGCCAUAGCGCAGCAGGUUGUGUGCCUGUCUACGGUUCAAAGGGUCACUAGUUCGAUCCCCGCCACGACCCAAUCAUAAAUGAGCAACUAGAGAACUCGAUCUGUCCAGAAGGAGAGUUUACAAAAAAGUUGAAAAUACCUUAAAAAAUGGUCCAAUGUAUGGACCCAAUACAUAGGCUAACGCACAUUUUUUCGUGACGUCAUAGCGCCCCCUUGAAAAAAAGACUAUUUAAAAAAAAACUCUAUUUUGUCAAUAAUUUCACCACUUAAUAAACUUCAAAAGAGCUAAAUAGCCCCUAGCCCGCGUAUGGACCCAAUCAAGGGGUUCUAGUCGGUAAUGGAAAACCAGGGCUUUAUAAUCCCCAGCCGUCAUUUACAAGUCCACUGAUAUCAGGAUAGCACCUUUUAUCCUCGACUUGGGACGCCAAACAGUAAAAAGCCGUAGAAAGAAGAAAAAGAAGAGUUGAAAAUAACAGAAAAAAUAUCAAAGACGACAAUCGAUGGGAAAAAGGAAAGAAAGUAGAAAUGGUGACCGGCAGCAGGGGACGGCGCGCGGCUCUGUGUCUGAGUCAUGGCGUUGAAAUUUCCAAGAAUCACACGAAGGAAGAGAAAAGAUUUGAAAACAGCGAGAGACGUCGAGGAACGGACCAUUCGCUCGUCUUAGGGCAAACUUGUAUCUUUUAAACAGACAUCACUAGCCUAAUAUUGUAUCGGGAAGUCAAAACUAACUAGGGAACCUUUUUUACCCCCCGGUUGAACUUUUGCUGAAACUUUGCUGAAGUGUACUUUAGAACCCCUUGAUUCCAGAACAGAAAGAAAAUUUCUCGCAAUAGAUGUCUUUUUCGAGUUAGGACACUUAAAAAGAUCAAAAUAGCGCCUUUUGGCCUAAUUUGCGUAUUUUGCCAAUUGAAGCUCCAUAACUCGGAAACAAGAUCUAUUGCGAGAAAUUUUUUUCUCAAUCUGCAAUCAGGGGGUCCUAAAGUACACAAGUACACAAAUUUCGAUCAACUAUCUUUUUUUUUGAGUCCAGGUUCUCACGGCGUUGAGUUCAGAAAAAAAAACUACCUUCAUUUUUACUGACGGAGACAGAUAGAAGUUAGGCUAGCUCGAUUUCCCGAAAGGCUAAUUUUUAGGUGCUAUAAGAAAAAACCAGCGAAUUUCCUUGACUUUUCCGAUUUUUCAUACCGCUCUGGAAAAAAUUUUAGCGGCCUCUUCAGGGUUUUGAAAUUUUGGUAGAAUUAGUGACCAUUUUUUUUAGUGGCCACUUUAGUGUCCUCUCCAAGUUUUCCUUGAGGUAGAGAUUUUCGAAAAAGUCGCCGUUCGAAAUUUCGCUGGUUUCCAUUUCAUACCCCCUAAUUUUUAACUCAGAAAAAAACUUGUAAAGUUUCAGAUCUCAAGUGAUUCGACAAUUGUCCGGAAAGGGACCGACAUUUAUGUGGACUCCUACAGCGCCUUCACUGACAAUGACGGAAUCAGCAAGUCUGUAGAAUUCGGCUACUUUGUUCAAUCGAACAUUUUCCUACAGGACUGUCCUUGAUGAUCUUCUCAAGGAGAAUUCAAUAAACGCGGUCGUCGCCUGCGGCUUGGCCUACGAUAUUUGUGUCAAAUACACGAUCAAGGUGAAUUUUUCACACUAAAAAAAUGGGAAAGUCCAUUAUACAAAGAUUUUUUGGGCCUUCGCUUCAAGACCCGAUAUCUAGAGGUAUACGGUAUGUUGCAAGAGACGCUGACUUUGUCCUUAAAAACAUUUAAUUUGUCUCAAUUAUCUCUUUCUAGGACGCGAAAAAGCUCGGCUACCUCUCAGCCAUCGUGUCCGACUGCAGCGCUGGGUUCUCAGUUUCGGGAAUUUCCGAGGCGAACCUGGAGUUCCGCCAGAGCGACGUCGCCGUCCUCAACGAGCAGCAGGCCGCCGACCUCAGCCUCCGCCGUUUCGUUCCGAUCGAAUGGAUCCGUUCACUCGCCUCGGCUCAUGCUCCCAAUUAA